CUCUUCUGCCACAAGAAAUAAUUGAAACCAUGCUACUGUGUGCUACUACCAUUAUUCCAAGUAUCCAUAAGAACCUAGAGUUCAUCACUGCCAUACCCAAAGUCUCUCUUAUUGGUGGACUUCAUGAAGUUAAGCAGCAAUUAGAAGAAAUAUUUAUACACCAUGCAAACUAUGCUGAAGCAUAUGAUAACUUGAAUCUCAAGAGACCCAAAGAUGGAAUAUUUCGUUCAAGAGAUGGAAAAACAAGUAGUAAUGUAAAUGUCAGUAUUUUAAAUGAGUUGCUUCAAGCUAUGGAUGGUGCUAAUAUGCAGGCUACUACUCUUCAAGGGGUAUCAUUUCUUUCAAGUAAUCUUUCUAGGAGCAAGGUAUAGAAUCAUCAUAAGCAGUUUUACAUAAGUGUUUCCCUAAAUGGGAUUUGAUAUGAAAUUAUUGCUCUCAUUUUUCUUCUUGUGCACUUCCUGCCUGAAUUCUUAUCUGGUAUUGGUCUUCUUGUCCCUCAUUUCCUUAAUUUCCUGAAUCUCUCUUCAGAUUUUUGUGUUGCUCCUUCCAUAUAUGUACUAUAUUGUUAUGGCUUAACUUUUGCCCUUCCCUUAUCAUUCCAUGUCUAUACAGUCUCAAUAUUU